AGACCACAAUUGUAACAUCAACAGUAAACUUCCUAAAAAACAAGAAUCCAUUUCUACUUUUAAACAGAAAACACAUUACACCUUUUUUUAUAUCUUCUUUUAUCAUCUUCUCUUUCUUUCACAAUCUUCCCUCUUCCUCUUUCAUCAUCAUCAUCAUCAUCUUACUCUCCUUUCUCUCUCUCUCUCUGUCUCAUCUCUCCCGCCCACAAAGUCCCGUUCACGAAGCGUGACAAGAAAAAAAAUGUUACUGUUUAUUUGAAAUUAUUUGCUGAUCGCGUUUGGAUUAACAGUUUUGUUUAUUGCGAUCGAUUUCAAAUCAAUUGAUUGUUGUUUUCCUUUUUCUUAAUUGUGAUUAAUCAUUUCAUCUUAAAUUUGUUCAUCUCUCAAUCAUCAAAAGCUCAAUAAUAUACACAUGGAAAUUAUUGACAUUACCAAACAACAAUUAGUUAAUUUCGGUGUGUCUCUUGUGCUCUCAAUCAACGAUAUUCAUUCAUCUUAAUCCAUCAUCUUAAUCUCAAUGAAUCAACAACAUGACCCAAUUGUUUUAAAUUCAUGAUAAACAACAAAUAAUCACCACCAUCAUCAUCAAUAAAAGUUUCUAAUCCAUGGAAAUAACUUUACAUCUUAUCCCAAAACUAAAGGUACUUCCUGUUUAUACAAACCUUAUCAUCACCAACUAUUACAACUACUACAACAACAACAAUAACAAUUAACCGUUUCUCUUUCGACAUCGAAACUCGAACUUGAUCUUUUAUAUUUAAACUCGUGGUUCGUCAUCACAUAGUCUCUUACCAAUGGAUCCAAGGCUGACCUAUGGAUCCCUUCUGGUUCCUUCAGUACCCGCUGGUGCUGCCGCUGCAGCCGCAGUUGCAGCUGGACUUCAUCAUCAUCCACAGCAUCUUCAUCCAUAUCAUAGUCAGUUAACACCAUCGGUUCAUCAUCUUGCUCAUUCACUUCAUCCCUUUAGUCAAGCAUCAACUGUUUCCCAUCAUCAUCUUAAUCAUCUAAAUGAAUCUUCCUCAAGUUCAUCAUCAUCAACCACUGGUUCUAAUUCAAUCAAUCGCUCUAAUCACAAUGCUAAUAAUAUAAAUCCAGUUACAGGUAAAGUGAAACGUGCCCGUCAACGUGUUGAUGCUGGUGAACCACGUAAUUCAUAUGCAUCGAUAACAAAUUUCUCGUCAACUCGAUCAUCAGCUUUUCAUCAUCCAGGUAAAUCAACGAGCUCUGGUUUACAUCGAGGUGGAAACUCUGGUGUUUUUAAGUCAACUUCAUCUUCAACUUCAUCAACUCCAUCAACUCCUUCAUCAUCCUCAUCAUCCUGUUUAUCUAAAUCACAAUCAUCUGGUUUAAGUUACGCCCUUUCAUCACAAUCUACCUGUUCAUCGUGUUCAUUUUGCUCUAAUAAUCGAUCAUCAUCUUCUUCUUCUUCUUCUUCUCACCAUCAUCAUCAUCAUCAUAACUCUCAUUCUCAUCUUCUUCAAUCAUCCACAAACUCGGGCGGUUCUGGUAUCGGUAUUCAAUGUAACGAUAAAAUGACAUCACAAUACAAAGAGAAUCAAAUUAACUUUAAUAAACAACAAAAUGUUGAUAAUAUUGUCGCUAGUCUUACCUCUUCUAAUAGUAACGUUAUACUUGGUGUUCGUGGUGUUGGUGGUGGCAGUGCAAGUGCCAGUGGCAUCAUUAAUCUUAACAACAUGUACCAUAAUGGACAAUCAUCUCAACCCUCACAACAACAACAAUUUAUUUCAACCAACAAUUAUCCCGAUGAACAUGGUAAACAAACACAAUCAUUAAUCUCAUUCAAUAAAACAACAAACUCCGUCCCACCAUCACCAUUAACAUCACCAAUCCCUCUAACCAAUAAUAGUAAUAAUAAUAAUGUUGAUUCAUUGACAUCUCACCUAUUCAAUAAUUCAACAUGUUCAGUGUCUUCAUCAUCAACACCAACAAAAUCCACUUCAUCUUAUGUUCAACCCUCGGCUUCUGAUUUUGAUGGUUCAUCUCAGCAACAACAACAACAACAACACCAACAAGAAGAGGAGGAAGAGAGGGAGGAGGAAAUAGGAAGUGGAAAUAAUAAUAAUUCAUCUUCUUCCAGUGCUCAUCUUUUACGUGUUAUUUUACAAAAGGGUAAACGAGGAGGAUCAAAUAAUAGUAUUAAAAGUAAUAACAAUCAAGUUAAUUGUGAUAAAAUUGGAUCAAAUUGUGAGACAACAACAAGAAAAGGAGCAAAAAAUGAUACUGAUGAUGAAGAAAAAGAUGAUGAUAAUUAUGAUAAUAAUAAUAAUGAUUAUGAUGAUGAUGAUGAUGACGGUGGAGAGAGUGAUUCUGGGAGGACCAUCACAGGUUCCCCACCAAACAAUGGUGAAGAGGGAGGUGAUAAGGAUGAGGAUGAUAACAGUAACAAUGAUAAUAAUAAUAAUGAACAAAAUAACAAUGAAUAUGAUUCAAUUGAAGAUAAGCUUGUUACUGGUGGUGGUAAAGUUGUAGAUGAUGAUAUUACAGAUGAUGAUAGGAAUGAUGAUGAAAAUGAUGAUUAUAUUGAAUCGUCCUGCUUGGUUGAAUCUGAAGGUGAACCGGAUGGUGGUGAUUUCAGCUCAGGUCGUGGUUCCAAUAAAGGCGACAGAUAUAAUUUAGAUACUGAUGAGUACAACAACAACAACAACAACAACAAUGAAAUUAUGAAUCUUAAUUGUGAAUCAACAAAUGAAAUUAAUCAUAAUGAUAAUUUGAAAAGAGUAAUAAGUAAAUCAACUGAUAGUAAAUCAUUGAAUGUUGAUAAAAGUGAUUCCAAUUUAUUGUCUACUUCAAAUGAAAUAACUUGUAACAAUAACAUUGAAUCAACAGAUUCACCUUUACAAUUAACUGGUGAAACUAUUGAUAACUGUGAACAAUUAUCUUCUCCUUUAAUUGUUAAUCCACAAUCAGCCACGAUUACAACAACAUCCAUUGGAUCAACUACCACAACCACCACAAUUAGUGCUAAUGGACCAACAAUUAGUGAUGUUAAACGUGCUCGAGUUGAAAAUAUUGUGACCAAUAUGCUACCAAGAAGUAAUUCAACCUCUGGUCAAUUGAAUAAAUUAACUUGUGAUGAUAAUCAACAAGUUGUAGAAUCAACAACAAUCAAGGAAGCCCAACAAUCAACAACAAUAUCAACCUCAUCAUCAUCAUCAACCUCGGCAAUUGUUAAUGGUUGUAAAAAGCGUAAAUUGUAUCGUCCACAGCAAAGUAAAUCAAAUGGUUCAUUGGAAGAUGAUGAAGAUGAUUUAUUAGAUGAAAUUGUUAAUGAUGAUGAAGAAGAUGAAGACGACGAGCUAAUUAGUGGUCUUCGUAAUAAUGAAGGUGAUGAAGACGAGGAUGAAUUGAAUGAUUCAUUGAUUGGAUUAUCGUCUAAUAUAAUUGGCGAUUAUGAGAUGAGUGAAAUUAAUGAUUUAUCAAUUAAAUGUGAAAUUGGUGAUAAAAGUGAUGCAGAUGAUGCGAUGAUAAUGAUGAAAGGAUCAUCAUCAUCAGUUAAUCACGAUGAACUAUCAACUCUUAUGGCAAAAUAUGAACCAAGUUCAUCAACGGUAAAUCGGUCAAUUAAUACACCGAAAGAUUUAUCCAACUAUAAAUCACCAUUAGCUAAUUCUGUACGAUCAUCAAGUAAAUCAUCACGAAAAUCUGAUCAUCAUCAUCGUCAUCAUAAUCGUUUAACUGGUGAUGAUUUAGAUGAAGAUGAUCUUGAUGGUAUGGCGGAUGAUGAAUUGAUAUUAAAUGAUGAUGAUCGAGAUUCAUCUCAGGUUAAUUUGAGUAAAUCAUCACAAAAUCAUCGUCGAUUCAGUGGUCUUCAAGAUCCCGCUCAGUUAUUGAAUGAAGCUCGUAAAUUUGUCUAUGAACAGGAAAAAAUGACCAAAGGAAAUUCAUCAUCUUCUCAUAAUCAUCAUCAUUCUCAUUCUCAUCAUCACUCUCAUCGACAAUCAAGCCGAUCAUCUAGAAAACGAUCACUUUUACCUCAAUCAACUUGCACCACAGUUAACGGUCUAAUGUCAGAAUCACUUCCACCAACGGCUACAAGUCCACCGAUUUACUAUUCGGACAUUGAAUGGUUACGAGAAACUCUCAAAACCGAAAUGCAAGCAAAUCUAAUACCAAGUUUCAGUACAACUAUCGAUAGUGUAAUUAACCGUUUCUGUCAGCGAAGAGCAGCUUCAGCUGCUGCUGCCGCUGCCGCUGGGGCCGUUUCCCGAUCAUCAUCAUCUUCUUUAAAUCAUCAGCAACAAUAUCAAAUUUUACCUCAUAAAGAACCUGGUGACCUGAUGGUUCAACGUAAUCCCGAUUCAUCGGCUCCCGAAACCUCUAAGGAAUUGACUCUUUUAUCUCAAAUGUUAGAAUCAAAAUCACCACGAACAACUCAUGGUAAAUCUUUUGAAUCUUCGCAUCAACAACAAUCUCAAUCUAAUCAUCAUAAUCAUUCCAAUAAUAAGACCAAUGUGCCCAGAGAAUUGUCUUCUCAAUACAAUCAACAACAUUCCUCUUCUCAUCAUCGUCAAUCAAGUACACCGGUAAAUCAAUUAACCAGUGGUAAUAAUGGUUCAAAUAAUAGUAAAAGUUCAAUGAAUGGGCAUCAUUUACAUGCUCAUCUUGCUCAUCAUUCUCAUCAUCAUCAUCGAGGAAGCUCAAGUUCACCUUCAUCUUUCACUUUACCGACUGAAAGUGCACCCGUUCCAAAGCCUUCAGGACCAUCUCCAUUUGCCUUCCCACCGGGUUUCAAAUCGAAUCUUUUAUUUCCCAAUUUUCCAUCAAGUUUACCUGGAGCAUCUCAAACACCACCAAAUUUGUUACACGCCGCCUCCAUAGCUCAGCAUUUGAAUUCAUUUGCAUCGGUAUUUCAACAGCAACAUCAACAACACCAACAGCAACAAUCAUCGUCUCAACAACGUUCAUCUGAUGCUAUUGUUGGGCUCAAUGAAAGUGUCUUAACACCUUCAACAACAAAUACAGGUAGAGAUCAAUCAACACCAAUAGUGACUCCAACGGGAUCGAUUAAUUUUUUAGGCUCAGCAAAUGAUAAUCUAAAUUCAAGUGCAAGGGAGGGUUCACCUGAUGAGGAUUCUGAAAAUGCUCGUGGUAAUAACAAUAUGUCACCAAGUGAAAUAAACAGCGGAGGUGAGCAAACUGAGGCAAUAUCAUUGGUGGUAACACCUAAAAGGAAGAGACUUAAGGUAACUGAUUCCCGAAUAACACCAAGAACAGUUAGUCGGAUUCUUAAUCAAGAGCCACUUUUAGCUAAUUUAAUUGCUCGAAGUGAACUAGUCUCUUCACCGCCGACUCUUAAUUUUGGUCUAUCUCCUUUUAAUGGUCCACCUCAUAUUGGGCCACCAACUGCACCUCCACCUCCUUUGGUACCAGUUUCACUUCCAACCUCAGUGGCAAUUUCUAAUCCAGGCCUUCAUUCAGCUGAACUUUUCGGCGGUCCAGCUUUCCCUUUCUCUGACCAUGCAAGGCUACUUCGUGAAUCUAUUUUCUGUCAGGCAGCGGCUGCAGCAGCAGCAGCAUCAAGUGGACAAGGUCCAAUCCAAAUGGAAACGGAAAGUAAAGAUCGUGAAAAAGAUAACCUAUCCCACCAUGAUUCCUCAAUAAAUGAUUCUCAAAUUACAUCGCAACAAUCACAACAAUCCCAACAAUUAAGGCAAUCACCUUUACAAUUAACUCAACAAGAACAAGAAGAUCAAGAACAACAGCAAUCAAAGCAAUUACAUCAACAACGAGAAGAUGAGGUUCGUCAAAGGCACCAUCAUCAUCACCUUCAUCAUCAUCAAACAGCACAAGCCCAACAACAACAACAACAACAACAGCAACAACAACAAGCCGCUGCAGUAGCUGCCGCAGCCGCUGCAGCAGCAGCUCAGCAACAUCAUCACCAUCAAGCAGCAACAGCAGCAGCAAUUCACAAUGCAUUAGCAGCCAAUCACCUUGCAAUGCUAGCUCAAGCCAAUAGAGCCGCUGGAGGUGGUGACACCGCUUCACCUGAAUCUCUAAGUCAAUUUGGUGGUACAAGAUCUGAAAAUGGUGCCGAUGGCUCUGAAUCGCUCAACGAUUCAACCGGUUACGAUACAUCAACACCUUUAAUGUCAUUUUGUGGCAAUUCACUUGCUCUCCAAACAACUUUGACUCCGAUGCAUCUUCGAAAAGCUAAAUUAAUGUUCUUCUAUGUUCGAUAUCCAAGUUCCAAUGUUCUGAAAACAUUUUUCCCCGACAUUAAAUUCAACAAGAACAACACAGCUCAAUUAGUUAAAUGGUUUUCUAAUUUCAGAGAGUUUUAUUAUAUUCAAAUGGAAAAAUAUGCAAGACAAGCGAUUGCCGAAGGAAUUAAAAGCGCUGACGAUAUUCACAUCCACCGAGAAGCCGAACUACUUCGAGUGCUUAACAUGCAUUACAAUCGUAGUAAUCAUCUUGACGUUCCAGAAAGAUUCUGCUUCGUGGUUGAACAAACGCUGAAAGAGUUUUUCAAAUCGAUCGCCGCUGGAAAAGACACUGAACAAUCAUGGAAAAAAGCAAUCUACAAGAUCAUCUCGAGGCUCGAUGAUUCUGUCCCCGAAUAUUUUAAAUCGCCCAAUUUUUUAGAGAGACUGGAAUGAGGAAUGUACCUGUUAGACGAAGGUGGAAUCGCCGAUCAUAAUCAACUAAUCACAAUCCAAUCAAUCAAACAAUCGAAUCAUAAUCUUCCCUUUUUAAAUCUUGAUUAUUUACAGAAAAACAAACAACUCAAAAGAUAAUCGAAUCCUCGAUUUAAUAAUCUAAAACUAAAUGAGAUCUUUUUUGUCUUAUCCCUUCUUAAUUGUUGUUCUUAAUUUAAAUUAUUAAUCAACUUAAUUUCUUUAAUUUAAUUCUAUUCUAUUCUAAUUUCUCUGUUAUCAAUUAUGAUUCGAUGAUGAUUGUUGUUUAUGAUUCGAUUUCUCUUCCAAAAUCUAAUGGGAUUCAUUUUCCCUCCUCUUAAUUUUAGAUGAAGCUUAAUUGUUAAUCAAUCAAAAUGAAAAUCUAUUAAUUAUAUUGUAUAUUAUUAUUAGGGAACAACAAUCACUAUGAUCAACAAUUAGAUCAUUUGAUUAAUUGUUAACGAUUAAGCUUCUCUCUCAUUCCAUCAUUCCGUAUAAGUCUCUUUCUCAACGUAUCUACUUUAAAAAUGAAGUUUUUAAUCAUCGAAUUAAAAAUCAAUUGUAAAUCAAUUACAAUGUAAAUUGUAAACGGAAGUACGAGGAGGACUUCCAAGUAUUCACCUUGACCCACACCCUAGAAUCCUGAUCAUGUUCAUCCUCAUUCUCAUCACCAUCACCAUCAUCAUCUUCAUCAUCAUUAUCAUCAAUCUCUCCCGAAUAAUGAAUCUGGUUAAUGUGCACUUUUCUCAACCAAAAUUACACUUUUCUUUUUAAUCUUUUCUUGAUUAUCAUCUUUGAUUAUUAAUUAAUAUUAUGACUAUUAUCAUGUUUAUGAAAAAUUGAAAGAAUCAAUUAAUUGAUUUGUUUGUUUUUUUGAAAUAAUAUAAAUCACACACAAGAAAAUUAUCUCAUUAUGAAAACCACAAUUAUCAUGAUUAAAGUGAAACAAUUUAUUUGAAAGUU